AACAGACUCCAGCUAAUUUCCCCCCCUCUGGUCUCUCUCCAGUUGGCAGUGAAAGCGUUGAGUGCAGUCUUCGUCUCUCCCCCUCCUAAAAAAAAUAAAAACCCAUCUAACCGUGUGGAAACUGAAGAGGGCCGCUGCCAUGCGGGUCGUCCUGUUGCUCGCCGUGACCGUGCUGUCCCUCUGCCCGGCGGCGGAGAGCGGAGCCGACAAGAAGAAGCUCCAGAUCGGCAUCAAGAAGCGAGUGGACAACUGCCCCGUCAAGUCCCACAAAGGAGACGUGCUGAGCAUGCACUACACGGGCAAGCUGGAGGACGGCACGGAGUUUGACAGCAGCUUUCCCCGCGACCGACCCUUCACUUUUACGCUGGGCACGGGGCAGGUGAUUAAAGGCUGGGACCAGGGCCUGCUGGGCAUGUGCGAGGGCGAGAAGAGGAAGCUGGUCAUCCCCUCCGAGCUGGGCUACGGAGACCGGGGGGCACCCCCGAAGAUCCCCGGGGGAGCGACGCUCAUCUUCGAAGUGGAGCUGCUCACCAUCGAGAGGAAGACCGAGCUUUGAUGACGAGAAGCAACUUUCAAAACGUUCCAGGAGCUGCUGCAGUACUACUAUCUGGAGAUCACCUGACCUCUGAUGAAGACUACAUGGAAAAUCUGGGAGUAGAGUUGACAACCCAUGACAGAGCUAGUCUGCUAACUGUGAUUUUUUUGGUCUGAAGUUAUUAUUUGAUACCAGAAGUGAUGUAUGGCCUUGCUAAACAUUAGAUGAACAAACAGUGAGCAGCUAAACACAGUAUUUGGCUCCAGGUUGAUGAUCUAGUCAUGACCUAGUUUCUAGUUUCUUAUUGUCUGUAAUAUUUACAAGAGGGAUGAUUCAUAUUUCUUUUUACAAAUAAGUUGGUUUUUUAAAAUUUAGUCAGAAGGCAAGCAGGGGAUUGAGAAAAAGAUAAUGUUUUUCACUUUAAAUAUUUGAAUUAUGAUAAUAAAAUGUUCAUCUUGUGGGAAACUUUGCGGUCUGAAGUAGUUUUGUUGAACAAUAAAUGUUGGUACACUA